AAUAUUUUGAGGUUAUUUUAUAAGAAGGAUUGAUUAAUGUAAUACUUUGAACGAAUUUAAAAUUUAAUUUUGUUCUUUGAAAACAAGUCAUGUCGUUGCUUAUACGAAAAGUAACACAACAGAAUUUAAAACACUUACUUAAUAAACAAAAUGAUGCACAAAUACUAGUUAUUUCCAACAGGAAACUAAAUAUUGUUCCGUCAUUGUACGAUGGAGAAAAAGACCCCGCUCCGAAAUUCUUCUCACAGAAUAUUCAAGUAUUGUUAAAGAGGUUGACUCGACCUGACUAUGCCAAAGUAUUUCGAAAACGAACAGCUCAUGAAUUUGCCGUACUCAGAGCUCCCAAAUACAAGUUUUUGACUGAUGAAGAGCUUGAAGCUGAAAUGGAGAAUACAAAGAAAAAAGCAGAAAGGCUACUGCAAAUGCCUCCUGUUGUGAAGGUUCUCCAACCUAUUAAUGAUGUGCUGUCCCGAGAUCCUGCUCUGAUUGGCUAUGACACUGUCAAAUAUAUGUUCACUGACAUUACUUUUGGUGUACCUAAUGAAAAACGGAUUAUUGUUGAAAGAGACCUUGAUGGCACACUUCGCAGCUGCGAUCAUGAUGUAAGGAAGAGGCUGAAUCAAGUAUAUUUCCCCUCAGACGGGCGAAAGUUGAAAGAACCCCUGAUGUUCAGCGAUGAAGAGAAAUUCAACAGUUUGCUGGAUAGAGAAGAAUAUGAAUUUGUUUUAGACAGAGCGUGUGCACAGUAUGAACCAGAUGAGCAUAAAUACCAGAAGAUAACCAGCAUAACAUAUCAACAUGUUGAUGUGAGAACUAAUUAUGAUUUGUUAAGAUCGACAAGGCACUUUGGUCCCAUGACGUUCUACCUGACCUGGCACCAGACCAUGGACAACCUCAUGCUGGAGCUCCUGCAGUCUGGAGUCGUGCGUGAAGCUGUCCUGUUGACUGCUCUUCGACAGGAAAUACAUGGUGACGUUGCAAAUGGCGACCUCGCGAAGUCAUUAACACACCAAAUUCUCACCACUCCGGUGCAACUGGGGAAACAGGAGCAUCUCACUGAAGAGGACAUUCAGCUGGACACCAAAUGUGUGGAGUGUGUAGAGAAGUACAUCAAAGAUAACUCCUCGAUGAAGAGCCAACAGGAGCUGGCUUUGCAAGGCUUCAGAGAGUAUUACCAACAGCUGGUAGAAGUGACCCGCGGAGUGCAGAAGGCACAUGGAAACCUUUGAAAGAUUAUUUAGUUUUAGAUUGUAAUGUUAUUAAGUAAAAUAUUAAAAGAA